AUGUUUGCUACUCGUAUUGCUACUACUUUGAUCCGAUCUGGUGCUGCUCGCAUUGCUGCUCGUCCAGUAGUGUUUUCUCAAUUGAAGACUACAAUAACCACUCCUUUGCUAUCUGCUUUGCAUAUCUCUCCUGCUCGUCGCUUUGCUCAUGGUCUUGUUGACAAGGAUUUGGUUACCAAGUUGCAGGAGGAGAUCAAAUAUGAAGCCGAAAGUCCUGAAAACGAAAACGCUUCUUUCUUGGCCAGCUUUAAAGCCAAAAACAUUUGGGCGAUUGAGGACAAACUUGGUGGAAAGGAUAUUUCCAUGACUCGCACUUUUGGCAACGAAAAGAUCACUCUCUACUUCAACACAGAUGCGAUUUCUGAAGCCGCCGAGCAAGACAUGGGUGAAGAUGAAAGCGAAGAUCCCUCUGUGGUUACUUCCUGCAUUAUUGAAAAGCAGGGUGUUGAAGGUGCUCUUGAAAUUACUGCUACUGCCAUUAACGGCGAGUUCAUUGUCGACCAUGUCUUCUUUGUCGAUUCUCAGAAGCUUGCUCUCGAUCUAUCAGCUGAAGGCGACUGGAUUCGUCGUAGCAAGUAUGGUGGACCUAUUUUUGCCGAUCUCGAGGAAAACGUCCAGGAAACUUUCCAGCAGUACCUCGAGGAGCGUGGCUUUGACUCUGAAUUGGCAAACUUUGUUGGCCUUUACAUCGAGUCAAAGGAGCAAAACGAGUACAUUCACUGGCUUAAGAAUGUUGAAAACUUUGUUGCCAAAUAAUUUGAUUAUCUGUUACAAGGUCAUUUACAACCGUAUUCACAUAAAAUGGAACGCUUUCUGUAUUCAUCUUGCAGUAAUUGCCUCUAUUUUGCUUCAAAAUAAACAAUGGCUAAUAUCCGUUGCUCAUUUCUACUACAAA